GGGAGAAAAGGAUUUAACGGAGGCCUCAACCCUCCGCUUUCUCUCUUCUCUCCUUUCUCACUCCUCGCACCGCUUCUAGGGUUUUAGCUUUUGCCGCCUUCUUCUUCAACCUCUCGCUCCCUCUCUCUCUGCAACUCCCACCCUUUCAGAAUGAGCAGCGAUCAGGACAACAACAUCAACAUGGCCGAUCUCGCCACUGCUCUGAAGGAAGACGACCAUGUAGGAAUCCUGAACGCUUUCAAGAGUUUAGCUGGUGGCCAGCAUGUGGAGGAGGUCCUCAGGAGCUUAUCUCCUAAUGUCAGGAAGCGUGUUGAUUUUCUUAGGGAAAUCCAGAGCCAACAUGAUGAAUUGGAGGCCAAGUUUUUCGAGGAGCGAGCUGCUCUGGAAGCUAGGUAUCAGAAGUUGUAUCAGCCUCUUUACACCAAGCGUUACGAGAUUGUAACUGGUGCCGCUGAAGCUGAAGGAGUUGCUACUGAAGCACCCACAAAUGAAGAGGAUGCUGAAGUCAAAGGAGUGCCUGAUUUCUGGCUGAAUGCUUUGAAAAACAACGAUGUACUCUCCGAGGAGAUUACAGAGCGUGAUGAAGGUGCCCUAAAAUAUCUGAAGGACAUCAAGUGGUCCAGGAUGGAUAACCUUAAGGGAUUUAUACUUGAGUUCUACUUCGACACUAAUCCCUAUUUCAAGAACACCGUCUUGAGGAAGAUCUAUCAUAUGAUAGAUGAUGAUGAGCCAAUUCUUGAGAAGGCAAUUGGGACUGAAAUUGAGUGGUAUCCGGGUAAGUGUUUAACGCAGAAGCUCCUUAAGAAGAAGCCUAAGAAGGGAUCAAAGAACAAUAAGCCGAUUACAAAAACUGAAGAUUGUGAGAGCUUCUUCAACUUCUUCAGUCCACCUCAAGUCCCUGAAGAGGAUGAAGAUAUUGAUGAAGAAGCUGCUGAGGAGCUCCAGAAUGAGAUGGAAUCAGAUUAUGAUAUUGGGUCAACCAUUCGGGACAAGAUUAUCCCGCAUGCUGUCUCCUGGUUUACUGGAGAGGCUAUCCAGGAUGAUGAUAUAGACAUGGACGAUGAUGACGAGGAUGAAGAUGAGGACGAUGAGGAAGAUGAGGAAGAAGAGGAUGAGGACGAUGAUGAAGAUGAAGGUGGGGCCAAAAAGAAGGCGUCAGGUCAGAAGAGUGCGAAAGCACAACUUGGUGAUAUUCAACAAGGUGAGAGGCCGCCAGAGUGCAAACAGCAGUAGAUGAAAUCUGAUUGAUGAAGGAAGGGAGUAGCAGAGUGAGAGUUCAGAGUGUUGUGGAAGAAGAGGGUUGUUGGGCAGUUUUGUAUGGUGCUUGGUCAUUCAAUAUAUAUAUUUACCUUGUGUUCUUAGUGGGAGUCUUUAUUCUGGUUUUCCUUUCUUUUCUGGUUUCUUUAGGGACACAGUAUGAGGGAUGGUUGUGAUUUGUUAAAUCAUAUUACUAUUUCAUGGACAAGGUUUGAAGUUGGUUAUUAAUGAUGCGUGUAAUUUUUGGUCCUCGAUUUUAUUAAAUGAUUCUGGUUUCUGCCUCA